CACACUGUCACAAUAGCACAGCAGCACACUGUCACACCAGCACACCACCACAUUGUCACACCAGCGCAGCACCACACUGUCACACCGACACAGCACCACACCAUCACACCUGCACAGCACCACACUGUCACACGGCCACACAACCACACUAUCACACCAGCACACCACCGCACUGUCACCAGCACACCACCACACACUCACGCCAGCACAGCACCACACUGUCACACCAGCACAGCACCACACUGUCACACCAGCACAGCACAAGACUGUCACACGACCACACCACCACACUCACACCAGCACACCACACUGUCAAACCAGCACAACACAACACUGUCACACCAGCACAGCACAACACUGUUACACCAGCACAGCACCACACUCACACGAGCACACCACCACACCGGAACAUAG